AUGUAAGAUUGUGCAGCAGACCAAAAUUUCCUCAGUUUCUUACAGCUGGAAAAGGAUUUAAGUCAAGUGGAUGAAUAUUCAUCUUAAUUUAUUUUCUCAAAUUAAGACAAUCCUUCAUUAACUUAACUAGCAAAUUUAAAUCAUGUUCCCUAAAGUCAUCAAGCCAAAAAGAUCAAAAAGAAGAAAAGAGUGGAUUUUCAUUAUAAAAGAAGAAGAAGAAACAAUAAAAAUUCUGAAUUGAACAAUUAAGCACCAUUCAAUUUUGAUGAAGAUCAAAGAAUUUUAUCCCUUGUACUUGAACACGGCCCUAGGUUCUCUGUUGUUUCGAGAUACUUUGUUGAUAGAACUUAGAAUGCUAUAAAAAACAGGUAUUACAAAUACCUUCGAUUCAGAUGGGAUUAAAUAUUAGGAAGAGAUUACAUAAAUCUGAACUGUAGAAGAGAGGAUGAUCAAUAGACUAGUGAAGACUUGGAAUAACUAAUUGAAAAGAUGAACUUUUUUCCUGAAGUUACAACCAUAUUGUCAUCAUUUGUUCAAAGAGUCUAUUCACAUUUUAAUUGA